AUGUCCAUUGUGCGUCAGGAGCGUUUGCUGUGGACCUCUCUCGGCCUCAUCACCGGCGCGGUUUCCUUCAUCGACAUUCGGGCGGACGAACCGGUGUUCGGAUCGAGAGCGCGUCUCGGCGUCGUUCGUACCUGGAACUCCUCCGUCGACCGAGUCUUCGGCGACCUCGUGCGCUUCCUCAGCGACCGCAACCUCUGA